AAUUUAAAAUGAUCUCCGCCAUGUAAAAUAAAAAAAGGAAUUGAAAAUUGAAUUCCAUGGAAGGCCGUCUAUGACGAUGAUUUUGUUGCUGCUCUUCCACUUCUCUUACGCUCUCUCUUCUUCUUCUUCUUCCAAUUCCUUCUGAGAAGAACACCAAUGGGGGAAGAUUUGCGUAAACGUAACACUGAUUGCGUCUAUUUCUUGGCUUCACCUCUUACCUGCAAGAAGGGUUUUGAUUGUGAGUAUCGGCACAGCGAGAUUGCUAGGCUGAACCCUAGAGAUUGUUACUACUGGCUGGCGGGAAACUGCUUAAAUGCAGCCUGUGGUUUUCGGCAUCCGCCAAUGGAUAGUCCUGCUGGAGCAGUGUUAGAAUCUUCUCAAUGUUCUGUACCUGUGAACAAGACAAUCAUUCCCUGUUAUUUUUAUUUCAAUGGCUGCUGCAGUAAAGGUGAUACAUGCUCUUAUUUGCAUGCCAAUGAUAUUUCUCUUGCUACAAGAUCUACAAAGACAGUAUUUCCUAGCGGCAACGCGUCGUCCUCUGAGGAUAAAACAGCUUCAGGAAACAAAAAAGGACUAGCCUCUACCGACGCAGAUGCAUUUCUUCAUCCAUCGAAGAACGUAGCUGGUCCGAAAAUUGAUGUUACAUUUCAAUGCUCGAGUCUCGGUCAACCUUCUGAAAAUGUUUCACAUCAAAGUGCCUCUGCAAAGAUCUUGUUGCUUGAGUGUGAAAAAGUGGCUGUUGAUGAGCUUGUCUCCUCGUCUCCAGCUGUGGGAUCUAAUGACAGUACAUCUCAUAUACAUGCUGUUGCAGAUCAGAGUUAUGAGGAGCCGAUGACGGACAGUACUGAGGAAGGCAACCUAUCCCCUGGCUUUGACGUCGUCGUAGGUGAUGGGUCGGGGAAUUUGGCUAGCCACGAUGAUCCAGAGUACAUCCUGUCAACUAAUCUGGAACAGAGAGAACAGGAUCCCGGAUUGUGCAGGGAAAACUUUGAAGACCAUAUUGCCUAUGAGCCAAUGCAUUCUGAUUUAGAACUUCUUUAUGAACAUGAGAUGCACUCAUACAACCACUUAGAGACCGAACCUGUUCUUUUCAAUGACAGAAACAUCAUCAGCUGUCCGAGAGGGAAACUCAUCAAGUCCAUGUUUUCUCAAAAGAAAAGGCUCACCCUCGUGAAUCUAGAUUCGGAGGAAUGGAAUCAUGCCGACCUUCGAAGCUAUCUGCAGAGAGACAGCGUUUCUGGCAACCGUUCGAUUGUUAGUUUAUCAAGGAGAAGAAAUCAAUUGUCAUGUCGAAUGAGUGGAAACUUUGUGAAACCUCGGAAGCCUGGUUUGUAUCAACCACCCCUUGGAAGAAGACUAGCAUUACAGGUCGGGAAGAUUUCUAGAGUAUCACCUCCAGAAAACAUAACCUUUUCAAAUGGUUUUAGUCAAUAUGGAUCGUUCAGACACUCAAGACAACACAGACCCUGCGGUCACUACGACGAGUACGCUCCGACCACACCACAACAAACAUUGUCAAACAUGUCAAGAAAAUCCAUCUCGAGGGAACCUGUCGUAAGGGAUCGUGGAUUGAAUCCGAAGUCAGUUCCAUUCAAAGGACCGAAAACCCUUUCGCAGAUCAAAGAAGAGAAGCGAAAAGUAGAAGAAAAUGGAGGGUUCUCAAUCGAAAAACGCCGUUCGAUCGGAGCUGCAUCAUCUUCUACCGACUUUAGAGGGCCAAAACCUUUAAGUGAUAUCCUGAAAGACAAAAGGAAGGUGGAGGAGGAGGAGGAGCUGGUGAAGGAAAUGAAUAGAAAUCAUAUAUUGCUUUAGUUAGUGUUAGCUGAAACAGAAGCUCAACUUGAGUGUCUAUGGCGGCCUUGCCAUUCUUUUAACGGUCUUCAUUCAGUAUUUGAAUGUAUGCAUCUGAUCCUUAAACUUCCAUAUUCAGUUUAGGGUAAAAUUGUUUU